GAGAAAGAAAUGAGAGGGAGGGAGCGAUGUGGAGAGAGAUGGAGCGGUUGGAGGGGGCGUACAUCUCCUUACAAGCUCCUGGCUAGAGAGCUGGUAGUGGAACUGGGCUGCUGAACGCAACCUCUCUGUACUGUAUGUUCACAGAGGACGGGUUUCAGCGCCACCGCGGGAAGUUGUGCCCAGCGGCCAUCAAGCGGUGAACCUGGACUAACGUACGCGUCUCCUUUGGCUAACUCGGUAUGUCAUAGUCUUCAUAUCGUUGCCGCAGAGGACGCCAUCGGAGAGGAGCCGCGCAAACCUGCAGAAGCACAUCGGAACGAUGGUGUGACACAGACAGACAGCUUGAGGGACCAGUCACUGCUCACCACUCAGAGGCAGACCAUGGCUCCCGUGUCUCUCCUUUUCCUGGGCUGCCUCCUCUUGCUCCUGCGUCCUACAGAAGCCCAAACCAUCAUUGACUCUUCCUCCUUUCCCCUUCUGGACCUGUCUGUUAAUUCUUCACCUCAGCCAACCAAGCAAACUGCUGUAUUCUGGCCUUCUUUGCCUCCCAGAGGGCGUAGUGAUGUGCCAAUCAGAGCUACAGUCCGGGAUAGACCGAUAACUACGAAUGCAGUGCGACGGGGACAAAGAAUAUCCCGUCCUACUGCGCAGUCCACUCCUUCUUUUAUAUCUGCCCUUUCUACACAUAAUCUCAGGAGCUGGCCAGGUUUAAUUCAACCAACUGUCUCCAGGCCCAGGACUGAUACAGCUAGCUUAGCAUUCAGCAGGGCUUCUGCAAAGGGAGAUGCUACUACCAAAGGCUCAACUCCACCACCGCCCACUUUGCCCUCCUCUACUGUUGCUGAGUCUGCAGGUGAUACGCCAAUGACAGCAGGGAAUCCAGAGAAGGGAUCAGUCAAAGAGAGAGAGGAGGAUGAUUUGCAGGGGUUCGGCUCAGGUAGCAUUCCAGUGGUGAUCGUAAAUGAGGAAUCACCUGUUCCUCUGCCAACUGUUGGUAAUGAAAUGGCACAAUAUCAGCCACAUGCACAGACCGCGAUAUCUGAAGCUUCAGAUGUAAAAACACCACCACCGGAUAGUCAGACCAUGAAGCCUCACCUGUUUGUGCUUACAACAGCCAACAAAAUCUCUGCUGCACCAUCGACUGAGAUAAGAGCUACACUGUCCUCUGUGGUAACACAAGCAACACCUCGGACUGUAGCAAUAACAGGUGAACUAACACCGAACACCACCACCAGAGUUGCUCCAAAGCACGGCUCUGCUGCUGUGACAUUAACCCAACCCACAGCUGCCACCGGUGGCUCUUUCGAUAAACAGUCACAGACAGCAAGACAUCCAGUUACUGCCAAAAGCAGUUCACAUUCAUACAGCACAAUAGAGCAAGUGACAACCGUAUCUACAACUAGUGUGCUUACCACAACACAGGAGGCUAUGGGAACAUCUACCGAAACAACAAAUCCGCCCAACAAAACAGCACAACUAGGAAGAAAUACAGCUAGCACAACUGUACAGUCAUCAAGGACAGGGACUUCUCCCUUCUUUGUCACCGGUGUUGUACCUGUAGCCCGAACAAGGUUAAGCCCCACGUAUCAGAACAGUAUUGGUCAGAGGAACCGCUCCGUUGUCCUAGGACAUCCUCGCCAAGCUCCUUAUUCUACUUCCAAUCCAGCCCCCCCUGUCAGCACCAGUCCCUCCGAUAAUGCCACACUUCUGUACUGGGGAGACCUGAGCCGGACGCUGGCUUUUGCGUGGGAGCUUCAUGUCUAUGGGUCAGCGAGCCUCUUUCUUCUCUUGUUUGCUGGAGCUGCUCUCGGCCUCAUCCUGUCCCCUGGCGCAAACUGCCCUCAUCGGGGGGCUCUUGCACUCGCCAAUGCUCUGCUGUUUCUGGCUGGAGGCCUCAGGGCUGCUCUUUUCCUAAUUGACCCCUAUGGCACACGGAAAUUUCUUCCUCGUCCCGCGGUUACGGCUCUCUACAACUUGCCUCUACAUCUGCUGGUGUGGGCACAGGCUUCCCUGGCACUGCUCGCAUUAAGGGUGGCAGGAGUGAGUGUGUUACCCUCAACUUUGGAGCGUCCUCCUCUGUUGGCUGUGUUGGCUGUGUUGCAGUGCACCCUGCUGCUGGCAGCCGAUCUGCUCUCCCCAGCCCUCUCUCCUGUCGUGCCCGUCACCCUACAGGUCCUGUCCCUGUGCUGGGGUCUGGCUCUCUGUCUGGGUUUCCUCUGCUAUGUUUUUCCACGUAUACGAUGCCCUCCCGUUCCCCAUCCUGGAGUCCCUGAAGAGGCCAGGAGGAAGGCUUGGCUAGGGAGCAAAAGAAUAGUGAUGAUCCUUGGAAGAGUGCUGGCAGUAUGUGCAGUUCUGGGGGCACUCUGCUGUGGACUGCAUGUCCAUGCCACCUUAUGGCUAUAUGGAGUGCUAGGAAAAUGGACACGCUUCAACUGGGGAUGGUGGUUGGUGCACUUCUGGGCCCGACUCCUGGAGCUAGCCUGGGGUUUCUUCCUCCUUCUCCUGGGUUCCUGGGUGUUCUGGAGGCCUCAAGGUUGCCGUAGAAGGGAAGAGGGUGGACCAGAUGGCAGAGCAGCAGGAGACUUGCCAUCACCUGGUCAAUCAGUGGGCUCCACUCAAAGACAUAGCUGCUGGUCCAAGAUAGUCCAGAGUUUGAGGGGAAAGCCCUGUAGGAAGUCUGACAGUAAUGGGGUGGGAGGAGGAGGCGCACCAGGGGAGGUGCCUAACAACUGGGCUGGACAGGAGCGUCCAGGGGCUGACAUCAGCAAGAGUCUGAUUAGGAACCAGAACCACGAGCAGGCCACUGCCCACCCUCGCUGUGUCAAAGACAACAAUCGAGGACGCAAUCAUAGGGGCCACUCUGCAGAACGAGGCAUAUCUGAUGGCUCCACAGGCUCACUGCUGAGACUUCAGGCGCUGGGCCGGCCUCCACAGCGCUCAGUGAGUGGAAGUCUGGAUCAGGAAAGGGACACUUCCCUGUCUCUUUAUGAGUUUGAUCUGCGGCCCCCAUCUCCCAUUGACCUGACCCGCAGCAUUGACGAGGCUCUGCACAGGGAACACCUGCUUGGAGGAGGGAGCUUGUUUCAUCCUUUGAACCAAACCUUGCAGUCCCCCUCUCCAGGCUCAGGGGUCAACCAAGGGCCCUGGCUCCGCAGAAACAGUGAUCCUCAGCUGCCGUCUGAGAGCAGUGAGGCCCCAACAGAGUCUUCAAUGCCACUGGGGGGCAGCAUUCUCAGCAGUGUGCCCAGCAGGCAGGUAACUGCCCCCCCCACACCUUCCCACCAGGGACACAGGUGGGCUGGGAACACAGUAGGAAGUGUCCCUUCAUCAGUGUCCUGUCCUGUGUCACUUCGUCCAUCCAGAACAUCAACAGGGCAUCUGGGGGAGGAUGAGGUGGAUGACACAAGGCCGUUUAUCACCCCAGACUCAGAGAGGGUGAGGGGGAGGGUUGGAAGACCGGUGGGGUCACGGAGUUACCUGGAGGUCAGCAGACAUGACGACUCUGCCAGUGUCAGCAGUGAAAUUAUUGAUCUGUGAUUAUAUUGUCCAUGAAGACCAAUGACUGCAUAUCAAACACGCAAUUCAAGAAAUUGUCCCAAAACUUCAGCAAGUCUUGAUAUAUAAAAUUUGAUCAUUGAACUACCUAAAAAUGAAUUAUUUUUAGAAGAUGGAAAAUAAUCAAAAGUGUCCCUGGUUGAUGAAACAAUUUCACCAAGUUGUGUUUUACCUUGUUAAACAGUUUAACAUCAGUGCUUGCGGAACAGGUAUGGUGUACCUUUUACUCUGGGAAUAACUGGGAGGUGUAGCACAGAAAACAACACAGCACACUCAGAGCUAUUUUUAUCUUUUUCUCACACAAAUUAUAUCCCUCGCUUUCAUGUUCUGUUUUUCUCUCAAAGACAGACAGAUUACAGUGACGUAACUGGAACCAUAAAUACGGUUCAACAAGUCCUAAAAUGGCUCCUCUGCAGGUCCCUGCUUGUGAUUGGUGUGAAAUUUGUGACGGUGAUGAAUUUCAUCUUUCCAUAACUUCCAUAACAUAACUAAUGAAAUCCAUAAAAUAGGUUUAAAUCAUCAUCAUCAACUGUCUGUCUGGGAUCAGGAGAGUUUCUGUACAUUUGAAGGGUAAAAAACGUGUGGCUCUAAGCGUCUGUUGUAAGGGUGCUCUAAUUGAUUGGCCAAUUGACUGGUGGAAUGGUGGCCUCAGGACACAAAGACCUCAGCACAAAGACUGGGACAACUGAAACUGAGACUGAAUUUUUCACAGAUUCUAAAUUCUGUGUCCUGUUUAUUUAUUUUGUCAUUUUGUUUUAUGCCCAUUUCUUUGUAUCAAGCAAAUGAAUAUAAUCAUCAAGUUCCUCAACAUUUUAUUGGUGUGUUUAUCACUAAUAACCGAUAACUGUAGAUGAUAAAAGAUUUAAAGAACCAACAUUUUCAUCACUGACUGACAACGACUGAUUCCAGCAAUUGGUGAUCAGCCCCAAAAAUCCUCAUUGGAGCACCCUUAGUCUGUAGGUCCCAUUUUCAUGUUGUCUCUGUGAAAAAAAAUGUCUUCAUAUCUAUUGUGAAUUUUAUUGCUUUUAUAGAGUUUUUAUUUGCUGUCUUCCAUAUUUUAUUUUGCUUUGUGAUGUGAAGAUGUGCCAUACAUAACCUUGGUUGGUUCUGUGCUAUUUUUAUGCUUCUGUAAACCCUUUAUUUGGGCUAACUCUCUGUAGUGUCUUAGCGGUAUUAUAGUGACUCACCUACGGCUUACUACUUCUCACCUCUUAACAUGCUGCAGCUGCUGUUGUUGUUGUCCAAUCUGCCUUGUGUUAAUGUGAAGCUGGUUAAUAAAGAGACCCACAGUAAACAACAGCCAGAAGCAUGCAGAGCAGACGCAUGCUUACGUGUGAAAGUGUUGCUGAGGCUUAUAGCUGUAGCUGAAACUGUCAGUUUUCAAAAUGAGGCUCAAGCAUUUACCUGUGAGUUUAAUUUUCCUGUGAGCAUUUUACCUCAGUAUAUUUCUGUAGGACAAAGCUUUUGCAGUUCCUAAUCAUGUACCAUUAAAGCCUCUGACUGCAUUUUUACAGAAUCUGACAAAGAAUACCAUAAGGUAAUAAUAUAAUGAUGCUAUCAGUUCCAUUAGAUCAAUUUCAGCUGUUCAGUAUUUAAAUAAUUAAAAGCUACACGGCUUUGCAGGGUUGCACCCGACAUGACUGGCUUGGCAUGAACCUCAGAUCUCUUAUAAUAGACCUGACUCAAUAACAGAGCACUUAACUGUAAGCCUGAGCACUAGAUUUAAGUAUUUUAUUACUCGAGACAAAGAAAUCUAUUUCAAAUAUGCUAUCUAUAAGCAACAGUGUAAAUAAUGAUAUUUUUGAUGCUCAUGCAUAAAAGUGUGUUUGAAACAUAGUUGUAGUUGUUACUGUGAAACACAAUCCACAGUGUAUAGCUCAUGUGUCUGAGCUGUGCAGACAGUUAUGCUAUUGUGACAUCAGGCUGAGGUCUGUUUUGCUCACGCCAACAUGUGACAGUUAAUACUUGACUACGGCGGUUCUGUCAAGAACGUUCUGGGCUGUGCUCAGGACUGCAUUGAUCCAGUUUUUUGCAAAAUGAUUAACUAAUGGCCAUUACAAAGCUGGUAGAAAGAUGCAUAAGCAAAUACUACACAUGGGACCAUAAUUAGUCUCUAAUUUAUCUUGAAUCUGCUCUGUGAUCCUGAAAACAGCCCAGUGGUUCUCUCCUCACAAGUUUUGUUCCAACAUGAUAUCAACAUUUUCUUUUUUUUCAAAACUGAGUCUCACAAAAUGAGUAAAGGAAUGUUAUCUUGGGUUAAUUUUGUGAAUACUUAAUGAUAUGUAAGUGGUGACAAUUUUUCAAUGUGGAUAAACAUCAUUUCAGAAUGAAACUUGCCUCCAUUCCUGAUGAGAGCCACUCCAUAACUUGUUUUCCAGUUACCUCGAGGUGACUUGCAGUACCUCCCAGUGAUGUGAGAUGCUUGAACUGUGUAGUAUUUACAGUACAAUGACCUUGUGUUGUUGUCUCCAUUCCAGUCAAACCAUGAGAUUCCACUGUAUCAGUUCUCGCUGUUAUCUCUUUUACUUCAUUACCAGGUUGGUAACCUGCAGCGCCCCUAGUGUUGUCCCCUCCACAAAGCAAUAUGUGCCAUAGAAAAUACAAUCAGUGUGCCCCCUUCAGUCUGUAGUCACAGUGCAGAAUUACAGUGUUAGAUUAAUUCAUUUAGUUUGCUCAUUGAACUUUUGCUCUUGUAUUUCUUCCUGCAUUUCAUGUCUGGAUUCAAAUAAAAAUGAGAAACUGCUGAAUACACGAGGAAA